UAAUUGGUAUUUGUCGUGCGCGCCGCGUUCAUAAACCGUUCGCACCGUGUCCAUGUUUUUGUCAUCGCAUUGACGCAUUCACUAUAUUUCAGCGAUCAACAGUUCCACUACGACUGUGUGCGCAGGGCGAACGCAUCGGCCGCCGUGCUCCUUGUGAUCAUCUCUCCGCCGCCGAUUUAUCAGCGUUCUUUUACCGUAAAAUGUUGUUGUAGUAGUGUGUCGUGUGUGAAUACUAAACAGUGUGAUUUUGUCGUUAUCAUUAUCACGUCGUUUUUUCCAUUUAAAUUUUAUUAAUUAAAAUUAAUUACAGUUUUUUUAAUUUAUUAUAGUGUUACCUUACCUAUUUAAAAAAGUACAUUUAUUUUUAUUAUAACUUCUCUUAAACGAUGAUCCACGUAAACUCUUAACUGCGGUCGUUGAGAACUACUGUUGUAGUAACACUUGUCUAUAGUACGCGAUAUUGCGGCAUAUUAUUUAAAAAUAUUAACAAAUAAAAACAUUCGUCGAUUCGCCGCGUGUCUUGUGUGUGCGGGGCAUAAAUGUGUGUCUAGAAAUUUUGUUUUUCGCAGUGGGCACCCAUCAGCCUUUGAAAUGCCUGCUGAAGAUGAUUCGUCCGUGUUGUCCAACAUCUGCGUGGGCCCUGAAUGGCUGGCCACCGAACUGUCGUCCAGUAACAGGGGUCAGUUGCUCAUACUGGAUUGUCGUAGUUCGAUGGACUUCUCAGAGUGUCACAUCCGCGAUGCGGUCAACUUCAGCAUACCUACUAUCAUGCUGAGGCGGUUGGCUGCCGGUAAGAUCGACUUGGCAUCCACAGUCAAGUGCACUGAUCUCAGACAGCAAAUUGUCAAUGCAUACAAGGAAAGAGCGUUUGUGCUAUACGGUGACGAGCGUUUGGAUGAUCGCAAGACUACUUCGCCCGUAUCAGACACGAUGAUUGUGUUGGCCAAGCGGUUGCUGAAGGAUGGAUGCAAGGUUCACUGUUUGAACGAGAGUUUCCACGCGUUCCAACAAUCGUGUCCAGAAUGGUGUGAAUCGUUUUUGGAACGUUGCGCCCGGGCCAACGAUGACAUGACCGGUUACAUUGGCGACACGGACACCCUGAUGGGAUUGCGGUCGCUGCACAUCACCCCAUCAAUUGUGCCUCACACCCGGAACGCACGCCGCCAGCACCAGUUACUGUCCGUCCUCAGCACAUCACCUGAGAGUUCCGGUGGUUCGGACAUCGACAGCCUGUCUGACGUGGACAGCUCCAGUUCGAUACUUGGCUACGACGAGGACCGUGACUUUCCCGUAGAGAUCCUACCCGACCUGUUCCUUGGUAACGCGACCAAUUCGGAAGACUUGGAAUGGCUCAAGAAACACCGGAUAGAGUAUAUUUUGAACGUUACAUCGGACUUGCCUAACACUUUCGAAGAACAAGGACAUAUCAAGUACAUGCAGAUACCCAUUUCCGAUCAUAUGGGACAAAACCUUGCCAGCUUUUUCCCUCAAGCAAUAGAAUUUAUUGACAAGAGUCGGGCGCAGAAAAAAGGCGUCCUGGUGCACUGUCUGGCGGGCAUAUCGCGUUCGGUAACGGUGAUGCUGGCGUACCUGAUGGCCCAUCGGCAAUUGACGCUGAACGAGGCGUACAACAUGGUGCUGAAACGCAAGGCGAACAUCGACCCGAACUUCCACUUCAUGCAGCAGCUACACUCGUUCGAGAAGCAGCUGCUGGACGCCCGGACUCAGUCCAAGCAGCAGUCGGGCAACUCGACGGGCUCGUCGACGUCCAGCUACCUGAGCCCGCUGUCAACGGCCGUCCAGAGUCCGGACAGCGGCAUUGAAUUCGACCGAUGGACGCCCGGUACCGGCGGAUGAGAAACGUUUGAGGGCGACGACCAACACCGACGAUCGCCCCAGACCAAGUAUCGCUUCUGACCGAACGCCGCCACUUCAUGUAUUAUUCUACAAUAACUACUAUACUAUUACUACAACUACUACUACUACUAUUACUACUAUUACUAAGCAGUCGUCAUAACUUUCGUUUAAUAAACAUUUUUUUUUUUUAAAUGCCCAAUUAGACGUACAUUAUUUUUUUUUUAAAUGAAAACUUCAAAAAAAUGUUAUUAAAUUCUAUUCUGUGUCAAGUGUCAACGUAUUUUAGCUUAACGCGCGCAACAUACUUCGAUUAUAUACGACUGCUCCCUCCCCCAUUUUUGUCAAUAGUGCUCAUCAUACUUAUUAUUAUUAUUUUUUUAAUUUUAAAUUGCACAAUUCUUUAAUUUAUUAUUUUAUCCGUAUUGUUAAAGACUAAUAUUAUAUAAUUUUUAUAAGUUAUACCAUCGAUUAUUUUUUCGAUACUUAUUGCAUACAAUGUUCCAAGCCAGUGUAACUACGCGUUAAAAAAAAAUAAUAAUAAUAAUAAUAAGGAUUUUUAUCAUUGCGUUUCAUUGAUGAGGUGCUGAAACACUAUUUUUUGUAUAAUAUCCAUUCAAGUAUUACAUUUACCACCUGCAAUGUGGAACAUGUUGUCUAUUUUAAAAUAAUUGUCAUUGUUAUAUAUUUUAUACUUAAUUUAUUUAUGUUGUACUGUAAAUGUUUAUAUUUCUAGACUGAUUUAUGGUCCGAUGCCAUUUAAUUUAUUCGUUCGGCGAUUUUAAAUUAGCUGUAUUAUUGAUGACGUUCAUGUUAAUAUUAUAUGAUUGAUUGUGUGAAAAUCAAUUUUUUUCUCAUUAUCUUCGUUAGACUUAGAUCUUAAAAUUAAAACAUGUGUUUGUAUGUCAUUAAGUGUUGUAACUAUUAAUUUAUUUUUAAAUUCAAAUUACAACGUUUAUACAUUACUUUAUUAUAUUAUAUUAUAUUAUUAUAAUACAUUAAAAAGAUUUUUAAAGUCUAUUCCAUAUUUUAAUAAAUUAUAAUAUUAACAUGGGUUACCACUUAAUGAAAUGAUGGCCAAUUGUAUAAAAUUUUAAAAUGUAAGCAAAUGAUUGUAUUUUGUAUUAGGCCCUAUAUUUUGUAAUUAUAGUGCCAUAACCAACCUCAGACGAUUGAGGUAAACAAUAUAAAUGUGUGUUAAUGUAAACAAUUAUGAUAUAUGAUAAUAAUAAAUAUAUUUAAAAGUAUAA